CUGAAAUUGUUAGUUGCUCAAUACAAAAUUUGGGCUGUUCCAUCGGCUGAAAAUAUAUUUUUAUUUGCCCGUUCAAAUUAUGAAAAUUACACAAUUUCCUCGAUUUACUCCGCUUUUCUUCUCCCUCAAGUUGCCCCUCCCAUAAGAUAUCUGUUUGUUCUCAUCUCUCAGAUCAAGUCAGUCCUAACAAAUACUCGUAGCUUUCCUCCGGGUUUCGUUGAAUAGCAAUCACAAUGACUAAGGAUUCCAUCAAUGUUCCCGCCAAAGGCGGGUUUAGCUUUGAUUUAUGCACUAGGAAUGCCAUGCUGAUGAAGAAAGGGGCUCAACCUCCUUCUUUUCUCAAGACGGGAACUACCAUCGUUGGAUUGGUUUUUGAGAAUGGUGUCAUUCUUGGAGCAGACACACGAGCCACUGAAGGACCCAUAGUUGCUGAUAAAAAUUGUGAAAAGAUUCACUUCAUGGCUCCUAACAUUUAUUGUUGUGGAGCAGGGACUGCUGCAGAUACGGAGGCAGUGACAGACAUGGUCAGCUCCCAGCUGAAGCUGCACAGAUAUCACACUGGGCGUGAAUCCAGAGUUGUCACAGCACUUACAUUGUUGAAGUCUCAUCUUUUCAAUUAUCAAGGACAUGUUUCGGCUGCGUUGGUUCUUGGUGGAGUUGAUGUUACAGGACCGCAUUUGCAUACAAUUUAUCCACAUGGCUCAACUGACACGCUGCCAUUUGCUACAAUGGGAUCUGGUUCCCUUGCAGCAAUGUCGGUUUUUGAGUCAAGAUACCGAGAAGGUUUAAAUAGGGAUGAAGGAAUCCAACUGGUGACAGAUGCCAUACUGGCUGGAAUUUUCAAUGAUCUGGGUAGUGGAAGCAAUGUUGAUGUUUGUGUAAUCACCAAGGGGCACGCAGAAUACAUUAGAAACCACAAGCUGCCAAAUCCCCGAACAUACCCACAGAAGGGUUAUGCGUUCCCCAAAAAAAUCGAGGUUCUUUUUAAAAAAGUUACACCAUUGAUUGACGCUGUGGAAGUUGCGGUUGAAGAUGCCAUGGAAGAAUAAAGCCAUCCAUUGUUAAUUUGUUUACUCUCUUAAAAUAAUGACUUCAUAUCCUUUCAGUGUUGUUUCAACCGGCCAUUUUUAUCAAACUUUGGUGCUUUCACUUUUUUCAAUCGACUAAAUUAUGCCUUGAAGGCUAUAAUGUUAAAAGCUAUUAUUGCUCUAGCGAAACAGACUAGUAUCUUAUCAUCGUUGGGAGUCAUGACCCAUAGCCCAUAGCCCAUAGGUCCUGCAUGAACUCUGCUGCAAAACAAUAUAUGCACUAUGCAGGGAUGGAUUAUGGAUAGUCCUCAUGACCUCAUCAUAUGGAUUUAAAAGAUGGUCAGCUGGGUAUAACUUUGUUUUUUUUUUGAAAGGAUUGGUAUAACUUUGUUAGUCAUUGGGGAUGUCAGUUGUGUGUUCGAGUUUGACAAACUUAUUCCAUGCUUCGUAAAUAUGUUCAAACAUUUGUACACGAAUAAGUGCAAGCGCAACAUAGAAAAUACUCCUAUAGUCCUAUGCAUACAUCCUGUAACUGACGGACCGUGUUCACUUCUAUGCAUACAUGAUACAUGGUGAUGUAAAUGCUCUUGUGCUAGUGAGGGAAUAAAUAAUGCAUUUAAAUGCAUUACAAUAA